UUUAUAACUUGAAGAGGGUGGGAGUCCCUAAUAAGCUGCUAUAUUCUUUUUCCAUCACUUCCCUCUCCAAGGCUACAGCAAGCUGGGAGCUCUUCCCCACGCAGAAUGCCUGCUUUGCCUAGCCCUCGCCUUCCAUUGUCUAAUUCCUUCAUCCCGGCUGGGGAAAGGGAAGGCUCCAAGUCCUUCCCGUUGGAGGACUCUUACUGAAUGCAGCAUUAGCUACUGCUGGUGUUUAUUGGCCUUCUGUUGUGGCCUCAGGGAUCUGUUUAUGAGUUUGUGGUUUCUCAGAGCAAUAGAACAGUCUGAGGUCUCUGCAAACCUUGAAGCUUUGGGCUCAAUCCUAUCAUCAAACUCUGGCUUUUGCCUGUUAAUAUAUGGAUUCGGAUUUCUACCCGUGGCUCUGAGAUCUCCGGAAUCUGCUGGUGAUAUCUCGAAUCUUUCCGAACGUCAGGGUUCUUUAGAAUUCUGAGGGUUAGGGAUCUCAGGCCUCUCGAGGAUCUUGGAGCCAGCGAUCUGUUGGAUCUUUCACAGACUAGGAGGUUCUUGUCUUCAGGACCAGAGUCUCAAUGGUGUUGGGAGGUCUUCAAGAAUCAUUUCAGCAGAGACAGUCAAAAGUGCAAGAUCCUUGAGUCUCCACUCUGAGGCCAGCUCUCUCCCUGCGCACCCUACCCCUUCCCCGCCACUGAUUUCAGUGUUCUGGCAUUUUAGAUAAGUGCACUUGGGUUCGGUCUCUAUAAAAAAAAGAGCGCGAGAAGCUCCCUACAGGGUUAACAGGAUACUCGGGACCAGGCGGCUUACUGCACUCCUGCAGAGGACGUGCAGCACGAAGCCUCCUGGGAUAUGUAGUCUGCAGGCAGGUUGCAAGUGCCGCAACGUCUGCUGGGAGUUGUAGUUCUCGGACAAGGAGAGCAAAGGCUGCUGGCCGCGCUGGGAGGUGUCGUGAGAGACGAACGCUUGAGCCUGAGAUGGCAGCCACCCUGCUCAUGGCUGGGUCCCAGGCCCCUGUGACAUUUGAAGAUAUGGCCAUGUACCUCACUCGGGAAGAAUGGAGACCUCUGGAUCCUACACAAAGAGACCUUUACAGGGACGUGAUGCAGGAGAAUUAUGGAAAUGUUGUCUCACUGGAUUUUGAGAUCAGGAGCGAGAACGAAGCAAACUCGAAACCAGAGCUUAGCGAAGAUGUAGAAUUUGUGACCAUGUCUGAAGAGCCUGUCGGGGAUGCCGAGAAGAACCCCGAAAGUGAAGAGGCCUUUGAAAGUGGGGACAGGUCCGAAAGACCGUGGGAAGACCUGACAGCCGAAGAGUGGGUCAGCUACCCUCUCCAGCAAGUCACUGACCUGCUGGUCCACAAAGAGGUCCACGCGGACAUCCGCUACCACAUCUGCUCCCAGUGUGGCAAGGCCUUCAGUCAGAUCUCCGACCUCAACCGACACCAGAAGACCCACACGGGGGACAGACCCUACAAGUGUUACGAAUGUGGAAAGGGCUUCAGCCGCAGCUCCCACCUCAUCCAGCACCAGCGGACACACACCGGCGAGCGGCCCUACGACUGCAGCGAGUGCGGGAAGAGCUUCGGCAGGAGCUCUCACCUCAUCCAGCACCAGACCAUCCACACCGGGGAGAAGCCGCACAAGUGCAACGAGUGCGGGAAAAGUUUCUGCCGCCUCUCCCACCUCAUCCAGCACCAGCGGACCCACAGCGGCGAGAAGCCGUACGAGUGUGAGGAGUGCGGCAAGAGCUUCAGCCGGAGCUCCCACCUGGCCCAGCACCAGAGGACCCACACGGGCGAGAAGCCCUACGAGUGCAACGAGUGUGGGCGAGGCUUCAGCGAGAGGUCUGACCUCAUCAAACACUACCGCGUCCACACAGGGGAGCGGCCCUACAAGUGCGACGAGUGCGGCAAGAAUUUCAGCCAGAACUCGGACCUGGUGCGGCACCGCAGGGCCCACACCGGGGAGAAACCCUACCACUGCACCGAGUGCGGCGAGAACUUCAGCCGCAUCUCGCACCUGGUGCAGCACCAGCGGACGCACACGGGCGAGAAGCCGUACGAGUGCACCGCCUGCGGGAAAAGCUUCAGCCGGAGCUCGCACCUGAUCACACACCAGAAAAUCCACACCGGGGAGAAGCCCUACGAGUGCAACGAGUGCUGGCGGAGCUUCGGGGAGAGGUCGGAUCUGAUUAAGCACCAGAGGACCCACACGGGAGAAAAGCCCUAUGAGUGUGUGCAGUGUGGGAAGGGCUUUACCCAGAGCUCCAACCUCAUCACACACCAGAGGGUUCACACUGGAGAGAAGCCUUACGAGUGUACUGAAUGUGACAAGAGUUUCAGCCGGAGCUCAGCUCUUAUUAAACACAAGAGAGUCCACACUGACUGAGUCCUGUAAUCCCGAGUAAGAAAUGACUCAUUUGAAGGUACAGUUAUAUUUGAUAAUCAGUGCGCUUCCUUAAGACUGACUUUCGUUGUCGUGGGCCACAGUUUAAAACAUGGAAGAAGACAACCCUUUUGAAAUUCCGACCCACAGCUUUGGGGCUGUUGUCCCCUCCUCCGAAAUAGUUAUUUUUAUUCACUGAUUAUUAUAUGAAUCGCUUCAUCAAAAUCAGCCCCCAUCCCAAGUCAGUUGAAAACUGAAGGCCAGAGGACAAGAUGGUGGAUGCUUGGGCCUGGAGAGGGAGUAGAUCUUUCAAGUUUUUUUUCUCUCCUAUCUUUGGCCCAAAAAGCCUAAAGUGAGAACGUAGGACCGAGACAGGGUGGUCGCAGCUACUCGGCAGAAGGCAGGCAGACUUGUCCUGGGUUGCCACCGUUCACACGCUGCCGUAGCCAGGCUCACGCACUUCCCUUCCAAAGGGCUUUCUUGAGUGGCUCAGAUUUGUAUCUCGCCAUCUUGCACACAGGAUUCUGCACGCUGAAGGCAGUGAUCACAUCACUUUUCCCUGCUUCUCCCUCGUGUAUAGCUUGCAUGUUUUCGAAAGCUACCUGAAGAUACAAUGUGAGGGGAAGAAGGAGGGGCAGGUUUGAGGACCAAGGGCCCAUGGGUGGUGGUGACCUUAGCAAGAGAUUCCCAUUGACACGGUCGUUAAUCAGGUUUACAUAUUUCCUUCAGAAAUCACGUUAGGGAUCCUAGUAUGGAAACUGCCUUUAGGAAAAGAUAGGCCUGUAAGUGAUGGUGGGGGUAGGCAGUGAAUUGAGCCCUCCAAGGAAGGGGGCACAGAACCCUUCCCAGGGAAAGUCAGUCAGUUCUGUGUUCCCUGCCCUCUAACUUUUCAGAUCACUGGGCCCUGUACUGCUAACUCUAGGGUUCGAUAGAGCCACACCCCAGUCUUUAUCUUAGCUUGCACAAAGGCAUGUGUAUGUACAGUGAAAUGUGUAUUCUAAUAGCAGAAACCGAAGUCAUAAGAAUCAGCAUGUUUUUGCGUGAUGUAGAGCAUAAGAUAGAACUGUAGACAUAACUCCAAUGUGAGAAAUGUCCUUUAUUUUUCUCUUGUUCCGGGAAAAAAAUUUGAAAACGAAUGCCAGGCGUGCACUCUCCUGUAAGGUCUGGUUUGUACAGAACUAAACUCUUGUUUGUUUGUGUC